CCCCGACGGAAAUAGGGGUCAGGUCUCUUAGGGGCUUAGGGUGGCAUGGGAGGGCAGUGCUUAAGUGUAGGGGUCCGGCUGAACCUCCGUCCCCACAGAGAUGGGGGAGGAGGAGAUGGAUCUAGACGCGAUAGGGGAGGAGGAGAUGGAUCUAGACGCGAUAGGGGAGGAGGAGAUGGAGGAGGACAAAUUGGAGGAGUAAGAGACGUACGCAAACAAGAUGAAGGAGGAGAAGAUGGAGGAGGUGGAGGAGAUGGAGGAGGAGACAAGGGUCGAGAGAGAGGAAGAGGACAAGAUAGAGGAGGAGUAGGGGAUGGAGGAGGGGUACACGAUGAACAAGAAGAAGAUGGUGGAGUAAGAGCUGGAGGAGGAGGUACAAGAGGUGGGGUAGGGGAUGGAGGAGGAGGAGAAAAUGGAGGAGGAGUAGGAGAUGUAGGAGAAGUAUAUGUGGGAGGAGAAGAUGGAGGAGGAGGAGAUGGACGAGGAGACCUUUUGCGAGCUAUGGCAUCCGACAGUACACGACGUAGAGGGGCCCCACUGCCACCAUUUGAACCUGCACCCAAGCACAAGCAAGAUAAUUUUAGGCGCGGUCAUGUAGUGUGGGAGUGUGUCGAGAUGGGCCAGGAGUGGGGGAAGGAAGGUGAGGGCAACUUCCUUAUUCGUUGCCGCCUAUGUCAGGAGGUUUUCACCGGUUCUAGGUCUCGUAUAGUUGAGCACUUCACGAAGCAGAAGACACACUACUCGCGGUGGAGUGCAAAUAUUUUGUACAAGUUGCAAAGUGUAGGGACAGUCCUUAAGGAUGCCAUCUCGCAGCGCCUUGCUUCGAAGUACGCGGAGAGGUUGGAGGGUGAUAUGGCUGCGGACAACCUCCAUCAGUACAUGGACUCCGAGGCGGAGGGGGGUGGAGAGGCAGAGCAGUUGCAGCCUGGGGCACCCUUGCAUGGUAGAGGAUCGGAUGGUGGCGAUGUCGGUGGGAGGACAAUCAGACUGGCGGACUAUUUGAAUCCAGAUUGUCAGCGUGGUGGUAGGGCACGAGACGACACUCAACCUACGGGUUUUGAGGACGCGUUACCCCGUGGAGGAGGAGGUGUCAGAGGUGUGGGCGGCGCUUAUCAAACAGGUGGAUGUAGUGAUGUUUUGGACCGGGAGGGGGCGGACAGCGAGGGAGGACGUUGUGGCGACGAGGACGAUGAGAUGGACACAGGGGCGGAGGGUGAGGGCGAGGGACCGACGGAGGACGGCGGUGAGGACGAUGUUCAGGAGUUAGGAGCGUCCCUUCAGGGGGGAUCAUUGAAGGCACGACGCACUGCUCAUCAGACAAGGACUCGUGCACCUAUGGAUGGCCGUGGGAAGAGGAGGGCGGACACCGCUCCUGCGGCACGCGUGCCGGACCCGAAACGUUUGAAGCAGGUCAGACUGGAUGAGAUGUACGACCUGGAGUGGCAGACCACCUUCGACCAUCUCUUCCUGCAGUGGUGGUAUAUUGGCGGUGUCCCAUUUGAGAGGGCGAGGAUGCCCGAGUACAGGGUCCUCACGAGACAUUUGCAAAACAUGCCCCGGGGCAUGAAGCCUACUUUGCUUCAGUUCAAGCGCAUAGCAGGCAGUGGCAUACAGGAGGAGCGUGCAUACAUAGCUGAUAAGCUAUGUGACAUACGCGAGCAGAUGCAGCACACAGGGGCUACCAUCCUCACGGAUGGGAGGAAGUCCCUGAACUCUGAGCCCAUCGUGAACUUCCUCGCAGCAGGACAGUCGGGCGCCUUUCUUUUCACGACGUCUCCGAGGCGCAGCGAUCAGCGGAAGAAGGUGGCGGAGAUGACGCUUGAGUACAUCUACACACAGACGGGCUUUGACCGGCAGGGAGACAGGUAUAGGUUGGUCCGUCAGCAGUUGUACGACUUCCACGCACGCGGGCCGAGGUAUGAUUGGGGUGGAGAUGCAGGCACUGGAGACGAGGACACGUGCGAGGGGCCGGAUGAGACACAGGCCAUUGCUGAUUGGUGGGUUUUGCACGGCAGCUGUGCCCCUGAGCUUUGUGCCAUCACCACACGUCUGAUGUACACGUGGUUCUACGCCUCUCCUGCGGAGAGGAACUGGGUGUUGCACGAGCGUAUCCACGAGAAGCGCCGCAACGGGUUUGACUUCACGAAGCUGACUGAAAUGGUGGAGAUGUGCACGAACAAGAAGCUCCUGGCGUGUAGACAGAGGAGGAGGGGACUUGUUGUGCCGUGGGGUGAUCUUGAGGAGGGGUUGGACGACGUCCCGGAGCCGCGCAGAUCAGGUACUCUGCCGCCGAGGUCAUUGACGGACGAGGAGAUCGCGCGCCAGGCGCGCAGGAUGCAGCGUGCCUCGACGGUUCGCCACCCCCCUGCAGUUCAGACUGUGUUUGGUCGUCGUGCAGCUCAUAUUGAGCUGUACCACGAGGAGAUCGAGUACGAUCCACCUACGGACCUGCAUGGUGCAGACGAGAUGGAGCCAGAGCCCUGGACGGACCCGGAGGACUUGGAGCAGAGAGGCAGUGACACACCUGAUGUUGGUGACGAGUUCGGCGGAGAGAGUGAUCAUGAGGCUGCCAGUGAUAUGCGUUCGCGGGAUCGGCAGAGCCAUUGUGAUGUUGAUCGCAUGACCCCUCCCUUGACUAGGAGUGCGACGGAUAGAGGGCGCAAGCAGACACAGGUUAUGCGAUCGUCGAGCGAGGACGAGGGAGGAGACAGGUCUGACGACGGAGAUGCUGCCGAUGACGAGGACUCCGGCGUCGAGAGAGAGGGACCCGACCAGGACAGAGGACAUGGGGACGAGCAUGGAUUCGACGGCGGUGACGGCAGUGGGCCGAUUGAGGACGGAGCGGGUGGCGCCUUCCUUGUUAACCCUGGCCCCAGUGCAGCGGGCGGGGGCGGUAGUGGCGGACAUGGAUUUGGUUUGGAGGUACCGCAGGGAUCGAUUCCCUCAGGGAUUUUCAGUGACGGCUUCGACCUUGGACGUCCACCCACUUCAGAUGCUCGACGCGGCGAGGAGGGCAGGACUGGUGACAACAUCGGUCGUGUUGCCAGGAGGCUACAUAUGGACCCCGAGAACGUGCUUGAGGAGGAGCGUUUGGCACGGAUGGUGUCGGGGUGUGCCACGACACAGCGGCUUGCGUUGGAGCAGGACACGACCAGGGCGAGGGAGAUGGGGUGUAGUGUAGAGGAGGUCACUGCCGCCAGACUAGCAGCAGAGUGUAGACACGGUGGUCCUGCAGAUGUUGCAGAUGGUGGAGGACUCUGCACAGAGGGACACGUGGUGGAUCGUGCGGACGACCACCAGGAGGACGCGAGGGUAGGGUUGGGUGGUUUAUGUGGGGCCAGCGACACGGUACUACCCACUACUGAUGAGGCGGACGGGGGCGACGGCGCGACCACGAAAGACGCAGGGGGGUUGCUUGGGUGCGAUGGCACGAAGGUGGAGGGGCAGGUGGAUAGAGCACUUGUCGGCGUUGCCGUUGCCGCAAUGGAGGAUGUGGUCGCAGAUCGACGGGGCAGCAUGAUGGUUGCACCGUCGUCACGACCGCCCACAGCAGGUGCGGCACAGCGAGAUGGUCAUCGACGUCCGAAAGGGCGAUCUUCCACACGUGCUUUGUCAGGUGCCCGACCACCCCCAGCAUUGCUGGGGGAUGACCCUGAUCUUGUCAUUUUGCAGACGAGCCGUGGAGGUUGUAUUUCUACUGCACACAGGAUACUAGAUGAGGAUCCGCAACGUCAGACAGGUACAGAACCGGGCAGUCGUCGAGCUGCUGGGGGCCGCACGGAGGAUUCCGCGACGGAUGGGGUGCCCAUGCCUAGGGGUAGGAAGCCAUACACGACUCUGACUGGCGUUUUGGGACGUUCUGCUGGAGGGGGUGUUGAGAGAGAGGCGGAGGUCCAGGAGGCAGAGAUGGUGGCAGCCAGAGCAGUUGCCAGUCAUGUCGUGUCUGUGUCACAGCAUCCAGGGGACGGAGAGGAGACGGUGGCGAAGGUGCCGCAAAGGCGGCGAGAGCACAUCAUCGACGAUGAUGACACAGACGACGGGCAGUGCGAUGCGCCAAAGCGGCGUGGUCGGCGUCUUCGUUUGCGGGGUGUUUCCUUCGCACUCUCGGGUCCGUUUCAACCCUACGAACGUGUAUGCUACAACUAUCGCCAACCCGGACAUUUCGCUAGGAACUGUCCGUAUCCGCGGCGUGAAGCUCUGAUAUCGGGCACUCCAAUUGGUGGAUAUGGAGCGGAACUUCCUCCAUAUCCCACGCCGCACGCGGCUUAUGCCUCCUCUGGAGCUUCGCAGUCGGCAUAUGCGCCAUCUGCACCACCAAUGAGUCAGGCUCUGGUGCUUCAACAACACGCUGGUUCGUCAUCCGCAUCGGCAUCCGUACCAAUCUCUUCCGCCGUGGUACCUUACAGGCCAUCGCCGGCUCCAGCUCCACCUUCUUUGCUUGUUGUGGUGCCUUGGGCUCCAAGGCAACGAUCUAGCGAUGGUGAGGUGGUGUCGCUGCUUAGAGAAUUGGUUAACGACCGAAGAGAAGAGAAGGAUCGAAGACGAGAAGUUGAGGAUCGACAGAUCAGAGAGGAGCAAGCCCGUUUGGCUAAGGAAGAGGAGGGGAAACGCUUGGAGGAAGAGGAGAUGCGUCAAGCUGAGAAAGAAGCCAGGAUGGCCACGAUGAUCAAUGCCAAGAUGGAGGAACUAGACGAGCAGCACCAGGCGAGGACAAAAGAAGAAAACAAGAAGAUAUGGAAAGAGAUCGAGAAGGUGGUGGGAGAUCCGAAGUGCACCCACAAGGGAAAGGAGCAGGCGAGAGAUGAGUCGGAGUCUCGGAAGAGGCAGCAGGCAGAAAUGGAAGGCUCUCCACCGGUGGUUCCCGCUCAUGGUCGAGCUCGUUGCGAGAACCCUCUGAUGACUGCCUUUCCGAAUCUUAGUCCGCUAGACGCAGGGCUUCUUCUCAUGGAACUAGAUAACGUGAAGAGAUCGCAGGAUACGCAAGUAAGUUUGGUCAAGAAGUGUAUGGAGGUUUUGCACAAGAUCGAGAUUAAGUUUCCUUCUGUGAACGCUGGGCUUGCCGCCGAGCACAAUGCACCUCCCGCCACGCGGCAACAGCAGGCGGGGCCAGCUCUGAUAUCGGGCACUCCGAUUGGUGGAUAUGGAGCGAGACUUCCUCCAUAUCCCACGCAGCACACGGCUUAUGCCUCCUCUGGAGCUUCGCAGUCGGCAUAUGCGCCAUCUGCACCACCAAUGAGUCAGGCUCCGGUGCUUCAACAACACGCUCGUUCGUCAUCCGCAUUGGCAUCCGUAUCGAUCUCUUUCACCGUGGUACCUUACAGGCCAUCGCCGGCUCCAACGCCACCUUCUUUGCCUGCUGUGGUGCCUUAUGCUCCAAGGCAACGAUCUAGCCAUGGUGAGGUGGUGUCGCUGCUUAGAGAAUUGGUUAACGACCGAAGAGAAGAGAAGGAUCGAGGACGAGAAGUUGAGGAUCGGCAGAUCAGAGAGGAGCAAGCCCGUUUGGCUAAGGAAGAGGAGGGGAAACGUUUGGAGGAAGAGGAGAUGCGUCAAGCUGAGAAAAAAGCCAGGAUGGCCAUGAUGAUCAACGCCUAGAUGGAGGAACUAGACGAGCAGCACCAGGCG